AUGAGCUGCAACACUGCUGUUUUACCACCUGCUAAUGGUAAGAAAUUAUGGAGAGUCAAAAGAUCGGUAUCUUCCUCAUCUACUUCAUCAACCUCAAAUCAAUCACAACCAUCAGUUGAAUGUCUCAACAGUUCAUUGAAAAUUGCUGCUGCUGGCUCCAAGUUUUCCAUAAGGAGACCACCCAUGAGAAGACCAAAGAAUAAGCCAGGUAAACCAAAGGAUUUUGUAUUUGUUGACUUGUCGCCAGUCAAGAGCGACGAAGAGGCUCAAUUUGACCAGAGCAAAAUUAUGCAAGGUCAAGAAGGUAUUGCUUCUGCUGCUGCCACUGCUGCUGCCACUGCCACUGCCACUGCUGCUGCCACUGCCACUGCCACUGCCACUGCUACCCUUACUCCUCCAACACCAUUCAAUGAACAAUUGCCAUCUCCAACUGUCUCCAUUGAAGAGUCAAUUUUUGAAUUGCCAGCUUUGAAUGAAUAUGAUGAAUACAAUGCUUCUCGAUCAAGUUUGGGUUCAGCUGGUUCAGGUGAAACCACUCCAAGUGAAGAAUUGGGUUUGGGAAUCAUGAACUUGGGUGUUGACUGGAACCAACCACAACCAAUUCAACAGCAACAACCACAACCACAGUCAGCACAACAACAAAUGCCACAGAUGUCACAAGAGUUCAUCUCUCAGCAAUUGUAUGGUUACCAACAAGCAAUGUUGCAACAACACCUCCAAAUUCAACAAUUACAACAACAAUUAUUUGAACAACAACAACGGGCCAUUGAAUCACAAAUCAUUUCGGCAACCUCAACCCCAGCUUUACCACAGCAACCUCAAUUCCAACAACUACAGUCUCCUUUCAAGGAACCACAACAAAAGCAACAGCCACAACAAACUCCAUCUUUGCCAGCCACCAAAACUAGAAAAACUGCCGGUCAGUUGCAAUUCAAAACUUACCAACCAAAACACCAAAGAUCUGCUUCUGAAGCAUGCAUCAAGAAGCCAGUAAGGAAACCACAUCACAGAACAUAUAGCGUUCCAUUCACACCAGUACAGCCACAACAACAGCAACAACCACAGCAAUACAGUGCCAUGCCGAUGCAAUCAGUUGACUCGUCAUGCUCAGAUGUAAGUUUGGAUGACUUUAUGUUGCUCAAUGACCAGAUCUCAAUGAACUUGAACUUGAAUCAGCAACAUCAACAUCAACAACAGCAACUUUCUUCAUUCACGCCGGUAUCUGAAUACUCGGAAGAAUAUGAUGACAAGUUUGCCACUGCUGGUAAACCUAAUUCCGCAUCUUCAAUCACAGCUUGUGGGUUUGAGGAGUUGUUUUUGCAAACUUAUUCAAAUAUCAACGUCAAGGACAAUGAAGACGCUGGUGAGUUUGAAAUGGGCACUUUUGUGAUCUGA